AGCUGCUGCAUCUGCUGCAUCUGCUGCUGCUGCUGCUGGUCCGGGGCGCCGCGGCGCAGUACUCCAGCGACCUCUGCAACUGGAAGGGCAGCGGGCUGACCCACGAGUCGCACAAAAAGGACGUCGAACAAGUUUACCUCCGCUGUUCCGAAGGGUCGAUUGAGUGGAUGUACCCCACCGGGGCGCUGAUCGUGAACUUGCUCCCGAACACGCUGUCCUCGUCCAACAAGCAUUUGACUGUUUGCAUAAAGCCCUUCAAGGACUCCACGGGAGCCAAUAUUUAUUUGGAAAAAACUGGAGAACUGAAGCUCUUGAUCCGGGAUGGAGAGUCCAGCCCCAAGAAGAUAUCGUGCUUUGGCUUUGAGCAGGGGGGGCUGUUUGUGGAGGCCACCCCUCAGCUGGACAUUAGCAGGAAGAUCACACGCUUCCAGUAUGAACUGAUAGACAAGAGAACAGCCUCUGAUUUGCACACAGUUUCUGCCCCUUGCCGUCCCUGCAGUGACACAGAAGUUCUCUUAGCUGUCUGCACUAGUGAUUUCGUUGUCCGAGGAUCCAUUCGGGAUGUGACCAAUGACCCAGAGCAACAGGAAUCCGUCAUCUAUGUCCACGUGAGCAAACUCUACCGGCAAAAGAGCAAAAUCUUCCAACCCUUGCCGGGCGGUGGAGGAUGGCAGGGCCCCAUCAAGACUCCGUUGGAAUGUGGGGUGAAGCCCGGGGAUGGAGACUUCCUCUUUACCGGCCGCUCCCGCUUUGGGGAGCCCAGAUUGGGCUGUGCCCCUCGCUUCAAAGACUUCCAGAGGAUGUACAGAGACGCAGAGGGCAAGGGCCUAAAUCCCUGCGAAAUAGGCACGGUCUGAAGGCCACCGUGGACCUGAGAGAGACCCCUUUCGCCCUUCGACUCGCCUCGGGCCUCGACGAAUUCACAGUCACAGUGGAUGUUACGAACCUCGCUGCAAGCGACACCCACUCCCCUGUGCCCCCCGAAGAGCCCGAGCCAGGCGGUUAUUGGCGGUAUGAGCCAGGAUGCCCACCGACUUGCCUCUGGACCCAUUGGAAAUCUCGGAAGAUGCAAACUAAGUUAUUCUUGUCGUCUUUAGCGAUUUACGUGGGAGACGGACUCCCCACCGUCUGGAAGACCCGCCUUCCGUGUCCUCUGAAUACUAAUUUCAUGGGUAUUUUUUUUAAAGUCUUUAAGAUGUAGCGUGAGGUCUGGCUUGGUCCUGCGUAAACUGUCCCGACCAGGAUUGGCACAGAUAAUCUUGCAAGGGGUUGCUUUGUAAAAAAGCAGGUGUACAGUUUGAAGUUGUUUCUUAUGACAGAAAUUUAUGGAGCCAAACACUUUUAUUUUUUUUUCCUUUUUUUUUUUUGAUUUUUAAAAGAAUGUACAAGUGUCACCUACAGCCUGUUUGAGGCUGGCAAAUUAUUCCAGAGCAAUAAAGGUCCUUGGAUUUGA